AUGGACUUUUAUUACGCAAACGAGCAGGCUAUCCUCACGGCUGUGGGCGCAUUGUCCGGCAUCAUCGCCCACAAUGCCGUCUACAUCCGGGGAGAGUGGCAUGUCCAAGCGCCUCAAAUCACCAUUCAACUCUUUGUUCUAUAUGCCGGUUUGCCUGUACUGGCACAGACUCUGAAAGAUACCGCGGUGGCUGGAAUUCUUCAGGGAGUCAUAUUCUGGAGUUAUGGGUAUCUGCCCGGCCUGAUUGCGAGCAUUCUCUUGUAUCGCGUCUUCUUUCAUCCUCUCACUAGAGCUGGAUUCCGGGGGCCGUGGUACGCAAGAUGCACCAAGAUCUGGCACAUGUGGGCGGCCAGGGGCUCAAAGAAUCACCAUGUUCUUGACGACAUACACAAGAAAUACGGAAAUUUCGUGAGAACAGGCCCUGCCGAAAUCACAGUGUUUCAUCCAGAUGUCUUCAUGGCAGUCGAUGGACCGCGCUCCGAAUGUGUCAAGGCAGAAUGGUAUGACAUCUUACACCCGGGCCAGGCCCUUGUCACGGCACGAAACAAGUCGGUCCACGCAAUUCGUCGUCGUGAAUGGAACAGCGGCUUUACUACAAAAGCCCUGGCGGAACAUGAAGCCAAAAUCCUCAAAUACGUCGAUAAGCUGGAUCAAUGCAUCGAGCAGGAUGCUAAGCUGCAAAAGGUGACAAACAUGCGAGACUUGCUCCUUUGGUUCGGCUUUGACAUCAUGGGAGACUUUGUCUUUAGCAAAUCCUUUGGCAUGCUUGAGAACCAGCAGUGGCAUCACAUUAUUGUGCGCCUGCAGCGGGCCCUUUCUCUGCUGGGCCCUUUUAGUUCGGUGCCAUGGCUCAUCCAGGUUGGCUUCAAGUUGGCUCCUCGAGUCAGCGUUCUGAAGGAUUGGUUUGACACAGUGGCGUGGUGCCAGUCUCAGAUGCGCGACAGACUCGAAAAUGGGAGCUCCAGCCAGUCGCAAGAUUUGUCCUACUACUUGAUGGAGAAGGAUUCCGAAGGACAUGUAUUCUCAGAGAAUGAGAAGUGGCACUGGGCAGCAGGAGACAGUCUGUUGGCCAUUGUGGCUGGAAGUGAGCCAACAGCAGUUGCUCUGAUUGCUGUAUUCUGCGAGCUUGGCAAACACCCAGAGCACGCUGAAAAGAUUCACCAAGAAGUCAGGAAUGUAGAUGUCACAGAUCUCAAGACACUCGUCAAUCUGCCACACCUCAACGCCGUCAUGAAGGAGUCCCUUCGCUUACAUCCCGCUCUCCUCACGGGCGGCAAUCGCAAGACGACGUCAUUUGGCCUGACCAUUGGCGAUCAGUUUAUCCCCCCCAACACGACGAUUGUGGCUCCUCGAUACACCAUCGGCAGACUCGAAAGCUGCUUUGAGAGGGCUUCUGAAUUCGUCCCAGAGCGCUGGACGACUCGGCCCGAAAUGGUUCGCAAUGCAGCAGCGUAUGCUCCAUUUGGGACGGGCCACCACAGCUGCCUGGGUAAGACCCUGGCCCUGGACACAAUGAAGUAUGUGCUGGCAAGGAUCCUGAAGAACUAUCGUUUCCACGCCGCGCCGGGGGACGAUAGCUUAAGUGCCCUGGAGACUGUGAAGGACCAGUUUACGUCAAAUCCUGGCACCUUGAGAUUGCAAUUCGAGAGGAGACAUGCGACUGACUAG